AUGAAUCCAGAGGCCCUCGAAGAGGAUACUCUUGGAAUUCGAAUACAAUCCGAAACUAUUGAGUUGACCAAAGAUGAGAAAGGCCUAGUCGGCAUUUCGAUAGGUGGUGGAGCACCAUAUUGCCCUUGUGUUUAUGUUGUUCAAGUGUUCGAUGGCUCGCCAGCUUUCAAAGAUGGACGAAUUCGAUGUGGUGACGAAGUUGUGGCGAUAAAUGGGAUAAAUGUGAAAGGCGAGCGAAAAUCCGCCGUUGCGCAACUCAUUCAAGUCAGCUUGAAUCCUGUAAAAAUUACGAUAAAUAAAUUGGAAAAUGACACGAAUCGCGGCAAAACGUUGGACAUCGUUAUAAAAAAGGUGAAGCAUAAAAUCGUGGAAUUUAUGGAUCAAGAUUCUGCCGACGCGCUUGGUUUAUCGCGAGCAAUUUUAUGCAAUGAUCCGUUGGCAGCGAAAGAGAAGAUCCUCGAAGAGAACUCGGAGUUUUAUCGAAAUUUGGUCUCCUAUUUUGGGGAUAUGUUCUUAUAUCAGAAUAAGAUUGCCGAACAUCAGAAAGAAUUUGGCCGAAUAAUCUGUGACCUAGCCGCACAUGAAAAACAACAAAUCGCCAAUGAGGCGUUCAGCGCGUUCGGCGAAAAGCAUCGGCAAAUCGAAAAAGUGCAAUCGGAUUCGUUUGUGCAGCUGGAGAAAAUGGUAUCCGACCUUCAAGUUUAUAUCGAUCACGUUGUUCCCGAUACGAGAUUGACGAUAAAAAAAUAUCUCGACGUCAAAUACGAAUAUUUGUCAUAUUGUCUGAAGCUCAAAGAAAUGGACGAUGAAGAAAGUGAAUAUAUUCAAAUUCAGGAGCCUUUAUAUCGAAUCGAAACGGGAAAUUAUGAGUAUAGAUUAAUGUUGCGAUGCAGGCAGGAAUGUCGGCAGCGAUUUGUGAGCCUUCGCAAUGACGUCAUGAUCAAAAUUGAGCUUCUUGACCAAAAACAUGUUCGCGAUAUUGCCCAACAUCUCGCCGCAUUCGCGAGAUCGAUGGCGAAAUCUCAGUCCGAAUGCGCCGAGAUUCUCAAAGAUUUCAUCGAUGUGCCAAUUGAGAUCGAUCUAGAGCAGCUGAAUCUGAAAUCGGAAAUGUGCACCAGCCAAGACGAAUCAUGUGCAGCUGAGGAAAGCGCCAGCGGCGAAAUAGUUGAAGAAAAUCUCAUCGAUUUGGACGAAUCGUCAAAAUCGGAACCAAACGUCUCCCUAAUCGAUAUUAAUUGA